AUGGGUAAAAAGAAACAAAGAAAUCAAAAAUCUGACAAAUCGUCAAAUACUGCAAAUGAUCCAAUAUCACCAACAUCACUAUCGGCAGAGCAAUCUUCCAAUCCAACUUCUAUGGCCAAUGCUACCACUUCAACAACUGACGCUACUCAUCAAUCUCAUAAUAAUUCUCACCAUACUCGUUCGCAGCAUGCAAAAAGCACCGAUCACAACAAGGAUCCGCAACAAAGCAAUGAUAUUGAACAAGAUAAUGCACAAGAAGAGCAAAAAGAACAAAAGGGAUUUAAAGGACAAGCGAAGAAAGAUAUGCAGAAUGUUGAGGGAUACGUGGCUGAACGAGACGGUGAGGUUAUCGAUGAAGCUAAACUAGAUAAGGUAAAUGAAAUGGAUGUAACAAAGGCUAUAGCUGAUAAAUAUUUAAGAGAAAACAAGGGUAAUGUGGUAGAAGCACUAAAAGCAAUAGUGAAUGCUUGUUAA